AUGACUUUUUUAUUACUUAGGUGGUAUGAUGCCCGGCAGUGAGGAGCGUUGGCGUGAAAGAUCGGGUCCUACUGCUGGAGCCCUGGGUCAUCUCAUAGAGCGUAUGACAAACGACUUUACUCCUCAACAUGAUUCUCAACGUUUCCAACCUGGAUUUGUUCCUUCUGCAUCACCACCUUGGACAACAGCAGGCCAAGCUCCUCUCACCAGUCAGAUGACGCCAUUGCAAUCACCUCAUGCCAGUCUUGGUUCACAGAUGUCCCCGCAGAUGCAAUCCACACAUACCAACCUUGGGUCACAAGUGUCUUCAAUGCAACCAUCUCAUGGAAAUAUGGGUCCUCAAAUCACAUCUCUUCAGCCAUCAACAACAAGUGCACCAGGUACAAUGCCUCUAGGCUCUCAAAUUGGUGGACCAGGACCCAGAAGCUACUCUGUAAGUCAAGAUCCUUUUGACCUUGGUGGGGGUCGAAGUCCUCUUUUGAGGUCUUCAUCUGAUCUAGGUCUGCGUCUGAGCAACUUCAAUGAUGGCACAAUGGAUGGUUACAUGGAUUCAAGUAGAGACUCAAUUGACAGUAUGCUUGUAGGAAGCCAUGACUCUGCUUUUUUCCCAGAGGUGCAAAGGGGACCCUGUGUAUCAUCUGGAACCCCUCCUCCACCACUACCAGGAGAUCCCCAAGGUCUAGCUCCAUCACCAGUAUCACAGACUGACUUCAGUUUCUACACAAAUGAACAUGAAAGGUAUAUGGAAGGGGUAAGUGUCAACAACAUUACUGCAAAAUUUUCUAAUUUUACUGCUACCCUUGGAAGUUGGUUUAGUCCAUUUGACCCAUUCCGAAGUAAUCUUAAUGUAGGGGAUACAAAAGCUCCAAGUGUGUCGCAAUCCUCAUCAGUUGGUGUGGUACUUGAAACAUUGGGUUCAGACACACCAAUUUCUACACAAUGCAGUGUUGGCAGUAGUGGAGUGCAGAUAACUGGAAGUCAACCAACAAGAACAAGUAAACCAUCUUAUUCUGAUGUGCUAAGCAAGAACACUGCCCCAGAUGGUCGUCUGAAUGCUAGUUGUGCUGGUUUAAACAGUCGGAGCAGUAGCAGCAACAGCAAUAGUAGUAAUGGUAAUCUGACUCAUCCUCCUCAGUCACCAUCACCAGGACCAACAGCUUCACGCCCUGAUCACCAGAAUAGGAACCAGUCUGGUAAAAGUAAGUCGAAAGCUCGCAAUUCAAAUAGCUUGGGAGCAAGUGCCAGCAGCAACAGCAACAUCAUCAAUAAUAACAACAAUGGCAAUCAUAAUAAGUCUAGUGAAAAGGGUGAUGGACAUGUUUCCUCUCGUGUUGGGUUGGAUGAAUUCUGCCUAAAUGAAGUCAGUCUGAGUAAUGGGCGAAUAAGUGCCUAUGAACAUUAUGACUGGGGAGAAAAAAUUGAAAGUACCCCUGGAUAUGGUCUGUCAUCUGUUUACAAGGCUUCAGCUAACAGCCCUACUCACCAAGGGAAGAAGAGCUCUUUAAAAGGCGACAUUAAGAAAAACACACCAGAAAAAACUGGCAAUUGUAUUCCAGCUGAUGAAAAUGUACGUGGGAAUGAUCAGCUCAACAACAAAGUAAGCUCUACCCAACAAAAACAACCACCAAGAAGACCUUCCUACAUUAACAACAAUUUGAAUGCUGCAAAUUUAGCCUCAUCAGCAACAAGUCCUACAACACUCUCUGGAAAUAAUUUCAGCUCUGAUUCUGCUACCAUCACCACUGCAAGUAGUAGUAGCACAUCUGUAAAUCAGUCUAAUAACAAUAACAAUAAUGAUUGCAGCCGAAGUGAUGGAAACAAGAAAGGCAGUCAUUUGACUAAAGAAGAUAAGAAAUCAUUUGGAAUCGAAGAGGCCAACAAUUUAAAUAGUGCCGGAAGUCGAACUAGUCGAAGUAAAGUAAAUGCAACUAAUGGCAGGAGUGACAGAAUUCGUGAUAAUCAGCCGAAGAGGUCAGCAAAGAAGAGGAGAACACCAUCAAUCUUCCAUUCAGAUUUAGCUGUAGCUGGUUGGGCUGUAGCUGUUCAGUGGGUUGGCCUUGUCAUGCAAGUGGUCGUCUGGCUUGGCACCCUCUCUGCAGAUGUGGUUGUCAUGAGCACCCAGUUAUUUUUACAUAUGAUGACCUUGCUAUGGGCAAAGCUACUGGAAUACUGGAACCUUUUUAAAACCUGCACACGUUACUAUUGGACAAAACUCACUUCGACCUUCAAAAAGACAGAAAAGGAAGAGAAAAAAAUCCCUGGACGUGAAAAGAAAGUGCCAAGAGGCCUUGAAUGUAAUAUUCCAUUACCAACAAGUGGUGAAGAAGCAAUGAAACGUCUUUUGGCAUGCAAAGGGAAAGAUCCAUACAGCAUAUUAGGGGUGACGCAGGAAUGUUCAGAUGAUGACAUCAAGAAAUAUUAUCGAAGACAGGCCUUCCUAGUACAUCCAGAUAAGAACAAACAACCUGGAGCUGAAGAGGCCUUUAAGAUUGUAGCUCAUGCGUUUGAAAUUAUAGGCGAGCCUGAAAAAAGACGAGAAUAUGAUGCUCGCUUAGCUGAAGAAGUACAGUUAGAAGGAGCUUGGGGUGAGCUGGCGUCACUUCUUACUCGAUUACAAGAAAAAUUGGAUGAGGCAGCCAAUACAAUACGAUGUACUAACUGUAAUAAGAGACAUCGUAGAACUAAACUUCCAAGGCCUAUCUAUGCAGCCAGGCAUUGUACAGAAUGUCAAAUUCAUCAUGCAGCUCGAGAGGGUGAUAUCUGGGCUGAAAGCACACUACUUGGGUUACGGUGGAGAUACUAUGCUUGUAUGGAAGGAGCCGUGUAUGACAUAAGUGAGUGGGCAGCGUGCCAGAGUGAAAAUUUGAAACAUCUCCAAGCAAACACCCACAGUGUUCAAUAUCGAAUUGUUUCUGGAAAGAAGAACCCGCCUUCUAAAAACAAUACUCCCGAGUUCCCAAGUGAUCCAGAUCUGGAGGAAUUCUUCAAUAACCUAUGUAAAGAAAAGUUUGGCAAGAGUUAUGCAUCGGGAAACAACCAGGCAGGAAACCAGCAGAUGCCAGAUAUGCGUAAAAGGAAGGGCAAGAAGAAGAAGUAGAUCUCCUGCAUGACAUCUUCCAACUGCAUAUUUUGAAUUAGGUACAUCUCAUAUAAAAGGUUAAGAAAUAUCCACAGUGAAAGCUUAUGGUGGCUAUUUUUGUUCUGUACUUUGAAGCUGCGGUAUAAAGAAAUAUGGAGCUGCGGUAGAAAGAAAUAUGAGCUUGCUUCCUCGACGCACCAGGAUUGACUACCGUAGGGAUCCCAGUAUAUUUCACUAUGCAGACCUGUUUGCAAGCAGUGCUUUUUUAUUUUCCUAGUUGUAUUAAAAAUUAAAGAAACGGUUAAGUUUUAUUUUUUCUUUGAUAUUGGUUUUCCAUGUUGUACAAGAUUUUAUAACAUUUCACAUCAAAGAUACAAUGUAAAAUUUGUUUCAAACCAAUCAAUUUACCUUGAUUUUAAAAUUGCAAGUUGUCAGUUUUAAUUUAUACUUUUGUACCAUGUACUACUGAUUGUGGUAUUGUUAAUUUAGAUGUCAAUAGCCAUAUCUUUUUAAUAGCCAAAUUAUAUUAUUUGGUGUUUAUCCUGAGAAAGUUAGGGCUUUGCAACAUGAAUGUAAAAUACAAAUAAAGGUAUUUUUGGCAUAAAAUGUCCUCUUUAAUAGUUCUGUUAAAAGAACUUUUAUCAUUAUUUUGACAUAAUCAGUUAAAGAUUGCAUUGCCAGAUUUGAUAAGAAAAUAAGAAGCGUAUAUAUAAAUAAAUGAAUAAAUAUAUUAUAUAUAUAAUACUGUACUGUAAACUUCCUUAGGUGGAAUUGUAAAUUUUGCCUAAUUUGGGGGAGGCCUUUGAUGAUGUGAUUUCAUAGAUUUUAUCUAAGUUUUGAGUAGUUUCAAAUACAUUCACACCUCUAUCCAGGAACAACUACCAUUGUGUAGUUACACCUUUUUUCUCACAUGUGAUGGGCAACUGCUGAUUAUUUUUCUGUUAAUAUAGAAGCUGUAACUAUUGAA